AUGGGUUUCAUUCAUUUUCCAACACAAUUGACGGAAGAAGAACAAGCCCUUAAGAGCAAGUACGCAAAACUCAAGAGGAAACGUAAACAGCUGAAACCGCAGCCGAGUAAGGAGCAGGAGCAGAAGGAGCAAGCCGACAAAAUCCUCGCGUCGAUCGCGGCCAACAAACGCAAAUCCCAAGAAGGUGUCGCCAAACCUGACGCGAAGGAGCUCGCUAGGAAACUACUCAAGUCCGGAGCUAUCAAACCGAUAAAAUCGGAACCGCAAGGGAAAACGGUAUUCAAGAGGAGCAAGGGUGCUGAGCGUAAGCGUAACGGCUCCGAAGUCGGGUAUCAACCCUUUGCCGAGCCGAGUGCCAAAGGCGAUCCGCCGGCCUCUAAACUGGGCGCUUUGGAUCAAGAUGAUCCCAAGCUGCAUGCCGAGAAAGAGUUCAACGCCGAAAACUCGACCAGCACGACGCCCGUCGCCCCGCGUAGAGGAAACACCGUCUACAUGAAUGCUCAAGGGAUCACCGAGGCUCUGGUUCGCAAAGCCUGUUCUGCGCAAGGCAAUAUCCUCCACAUAUGCGUGGAAGAGAAUAAAAGCUGUGCUUUCGUCACAUUCGAAACAUGUGAAGUCGCAGACAAGGUCAUUCAAGCCUUAGACGGCAACUGCGUUGUGGGUCUCACAUUCAAGGCUGCUCUAGCCCGACGUCAACCUCAGUUGCCCACGAGCGUGGUUCCUCCGCCGCCCCCUCAGAGUGCUUCUAAGGAUGAUCCGCGGGAACUCGUAAUUUACGAAGAGAAUCUGUUUUGAUUCUGACAUAGAGAUCCGAGAGUGAGAUAGCGCUGUGCAAUGCGCAUGUGUGUAGAUAUG